AACACAACAUGAAUCUGCUACUGCUUUCAGUCUUGACGCUAGUCACUUUUUGCUGGGCUGAUUUGAGUAGACUGUCCCCGCAAUUGAUAUCUGGAAUACAUGAUGUUUCGGCAAAUUGUGAAAAUGAGCUGGACAUUCCUCCGGGCAGUUUUACUCUCAAAAGACUCAUCACCAAUGAUGACGUAUCGAAAGAGGAUAUGCCCUUUUUCUACUGUAUGAUGAAGCGAAUGGAGCUGCUCGAUGCGGAAGAUCAGUUCAAACGGCCCGAGUUGGAUUUGUUUUUGUCGUUGAUAUUCGACCCGAUGCGUUUUCAAAAGGUUGCUGACCAAUGUUUGCAGCAUAAAUCGGACACGACCAUCGAUCGAUUGUGGACCUUCCAUCAAUGUAUAUUUGAAGCGAUUGGUUUUUAA